CGACUUGUCAUGUUGUGAGUGCAAGUAAGGACGGGCUCGCUGCCGCACCUACCAGAGAACCUGGCGGGCAUUUCAGUUACGGUGCAUAAUUCAGUGCAUAACGAACAGGAAGCUUCGAGUUCUUCUGCAUGCACUUUUGUGCAACACGUCUCUUCACGUGUGUGUAUAUGUGUGUGUGGUAUCAAACAUUGCCCACUACUGGAUACUUAAAAGGUGAAGGAAGAUGAUGUCCAACAUACUGUCGGCGAUUUCCCGUAAGAAAACUCUGACGGAUGAAUCGGUCGAGAAAUCUGAGUUGAAUCGAUGUCUGACCAUUGUGGAUCUCACCCUCCUGGGCGUUGGGAGCACCCUGGGCCUAGGAGUGUAUGUUCUGGCUGGCGCAGUCGCGAAGUCUGAGGCAGGUCCAGCUGUGACCAUUUCGUUCCUAGUGGCUGCGGUAGCCUCUGCUUUCGCUGGUAUCUGCUAUGCUGAGUUUGCAGCCAGAGUUCCCCGAGCAGGCUCUGCGUACAUCUAUAGUUAUGUGUGUGUGGGAGAAUUUGUAGCAUUUGUGAUUGGAUGGAACCUUGUUUUGGAAUAUGUUAUAGGAACAGCAAGUGUGGCUCGUGGACUUAGCAGCUACAUUGAUAAACUUGCAGGCAAUAUCAUGCAGAAUAAGAUGAGAGAAAUCAUGCCUAUCAAUAUUGAUUUUCUUUCACAAUAUCCAGACUUCUUUUCCUUUGCAGUUAUAAUGGUCUUGGCAGGUAUCCUGUCUAGUGGUGUGAAAGAAUCUACAUUUCUCAACAACAUAUUCACUGGUGUUAAUUUGCUCACUGUCUCAAUUGUUAUAAUAGCAGGAUCUUUGAAAUCUGAUGUUCACAACUGGGCAAUAUCCAAAUCAGAAAUUCCACAAGCUGUGGCCUCAAGAGCGGGGGAAGGAGGUUUCAUGCCUUUUGGAUUGUCAGGCAUUAUGGCAGGAGCAGCAAAGUGCUUCUAUGGAUUUGUUGGUUUUGACUGUGUGGCAACAACAGGAGAGGAAGCAAAGAAUCCACAAAAAUCAAUUCCAAUUGCUAUUGUAAUAUCUCUGAUUAUAAUAUUCUUUUCAUACUUUGGAAUCUCAACAGUACUCACAAUGAUGUGGCCUUACUACGACCAGGAUGAAAAUGCACCUCUACCGCAUGUCUUUACAAAAGUUGGCUGGCCAGCUAUAAUGUGGAUUGUGACAGUGGGUGCUGUGUUUGCACUCUGCACAAGCUUGUUGGGAGCCAUGUUCCCUCUACCUCGAAUCCUGUAUGCAAUGGCUAAUGAUGGGUUGCUGUUCCGCUGUUUAGCCAGGAUUAAUCCACGAACGAAGACCCCUGUGCUGGCUACUCUACUCUCAGGACUAUUGGCUGGGAUUAUGGCCACCAUUUUUGAUCUGCAGCAGCUUAUUGACAUGAUGUCUAUUGGAACUCUCUUAGCAUAUACCAUUGUUGCCAUCUGUGUCCUCAUUCUUAGAUAUGAAGAUCCAUCUCCAUCUUCAUUUGAUUAUCCCUCACAUGAACAGGGGAUUCAUUCUGGUAAUGCUGGUAUCAUUGGCUCAGUUCUUCAUCUCAUGAAACUGUUAUUUAACCUUUCUAUGAUUAAAUAUCCCAGCUUAUUGUCAUCGUCCAUAACCAAGUGGUCAAUUGUCUUGUUCAGUAUUCUUACUAUUGGUUUCUGUUCAGUCAUCAUAUAUGGAGGAAGUGCUUUGAAGGAUCUCAAGUUGUGGGCAGUUAUACUGGCUGUUGUUUUUGUGUUUUUGAUGCUUGUUAUGUUAUUUAUUAUUGGCAGGCAACCCAAUUCCAGUGUGAAACUUUCAUUCAAGGUUCCUUUGGUGCCCAUUGUACCUGCACUCAGUGUAUUCAUCAACCUGUAUCUCAUGUUAGUGCUGGAUGUAUACACAUGGAUACGAUUUGGCGUUUGGUUGGCAAUAGGUUUUCUAAUAUAUGUUUUCUAUGGCUUGAAAAAUAGUGAAGAAGAUAAACUUUCAAAGGAAAAGAAAGAAAGCAGACUUCAUACUCUUGAAGAUGGUUCUGCUCGAGAAACCAGGGGAGAGGCGGUGCAAGCAAAAUGCAAUUAUAAGUCAUCGAGUGGUCCCCCUGAUAUACAUCAAAACACAAAGUUAUGAAGCUGUGAUAAGGAUUAUCCAUUUUUACUACGUGUGCUCUACGAAUGAAUUGCAUGUGAAAUCCUCUCAUGGUCAAGAUUUUAUAUGCAAACAGCUGUUACACGUUUCUGCUGCUGAAAGAUAUUGCAUUUGUUAAUGUGAUAUUUUAAGGCUUAAGGACAGAUAUUUUGCUCUUGAAGUUUGAGAUGAACUUUCUUUUACCACGCCAAGACAAACAUGUUCUUUGGAGUUUAAUAAAUAGGAAUUCCUCAACAUGUGAACAGAGCUGUUCAUGGGUCUGCCCUUGGGUCUUUGUACGGAGUGGGUUUGGACAAUAAUACUGAUGUUUCACAGCUGCAUGCUGCCUCUAUCUUAAUGGCCAAUUGUGUAGGGUGAAUGAGUGUUCAUGUAUAUACAAGUUUUGGUCCAACAGACCCCUGGGGGGGGAAGGGUUGGUGCUGAUGACCGGUCCUGGCCAAUGGGGACAGUGGAGAGGGAGAUGUUAUUUCAUUGUUAAUAAUAAUCAAAACUACUUAUUUACUGUCUUUCUACUGUGUAGCAUAAUUUACAUAUUAAAUUAUUAUAAAUUAAAGAAAGUAUUUAAAAUGAACUAAAAGUUAUCCUGAGGCUUGCUUAAUUAAGUAUCACACCACAAAUUUAUAUCAGGAAGUGGAGGUACAGCUCCAUCAUUCUUAAUCUUGGUACUAGAUGGAGGUGAGUGGCCAGCUUCAUGCCCCUUCUGCUCUAUCCCCAAGCACACAGCCUCCUGAUACCUGUUUUAUAGGAGUCUGGGUGGGCGCCAGAUCCAGUCUGGACACUACAGAGAAUGGAAAAAUCUCUUGCCCCUGCCUGUUGCUGUACCGACUGGGCACUUCCAGCUCACAGAAUAAAAUAAUUACCCUACAAAUGUAUAUUAAUGCAAUUUAAGGCAAACUAAAAAAAUAGUAUUCUAAAUUGGGAAGUGUUUCUAGUGGUAUAUAAGCAGUUCUGGGAGAUGAACUGCCCAUGAAAGCCUUAACUCAUGGCUGCUCUGUUGUUCAGAUCCAAAUCCCAUGGGCAUGUUUUCUGUGGGUUAUGUUGAAGACUGUGUCAGUAUCCCACAUUUACCAACUCAGUUUGAUGACUUCUUGUACUGAAUUUACAGGUCAAAGACAAAACCAUGUGAAAAGUAUGGGCAAGUUUCUGUAGAAAGAUUACAGUCUUCUGAGAUGUGUCACCAUGAAGUCUGGUACAUAGGUGCCAAAGUUUAAAAGUGAUUUCCUGCCUCCAUAUUCUACACAGAAGGGCCCUCUAAAGUGUUGGUCCAUAUUUACCAAACUACUUGAUGUCACAUCCUGGAAGACCAUAAUCUUAAUAUUCACCACCUCAAAUCUCAAAUGUGUAAGAUUAUUAAUUUUAUAAAUCACUAGGGACAGGCAUUUUCUGAACUUAUUACAGCAAACUCCUUGUUAUCUGGCAUGUAUAAGGAGGCAUGAGGAAUUCUAGCUUCAUGAAUCUGCCAGCUGUAUCAGAAAUACUUGUAAGAAUUACAAUACAAAAUGAGAACAUUUA